GAUGCUAGUAAUGUAAAGCCAUUGGAUGGUGUGAAAAUUCUUGAUUUAACAAGGGUGCUUGCAGGACCUUUUGCCACAAUGAAUUUGGGAGAUCUAGGGGCUGAAGUUAUCAAAGUGGAAAAACCAGGAGCUGGCGAUGAUACAAGAGCCUGGGGCCCACCUUUUGCUGGGACAGAAAGUGUUUACUUUCUCAGUGUCAAUAGAAAUAAAAAGAGUAUAGCUAUCAACAUGAAGGAUUCAAAAGGAGCAAAGCUAAUCAGAGAGCUUGCAGCAGCAUCUGAUGUUUUUGUGGAAAACUACAUCCCUGGGAAACUGGCUGAAAUGGGUUUAGGUUAUGAAGACAUUAAAAAUGUUGCUCCUCACAUAGUGUACUGUUCAAUAACAGGUUAUGGUCAGACUGGUCCAGUGGUUCAGAGAGGUGGAUAUGACUCCAUUGCCGCUGCUGUUUCUGGUCUCAUGCAUAUCACAGGGCAUGAGGAUGGGGAGCCAGUUAAAAUGGGAGUAGCAAUGACAGAUCUUGCUACUGGGCUGUAUACAUAUGGAGCAAUUAUGGCUGGUUUACUUCAGAGGUAUAAGACUGGAAAAGGGCUGCACAUUGACUGCAAUCUCUUGUCAACUCAGGUUGCAUGUCUCACUCAUGUAGCAGCUAAUUACCUUAAUUGCAAAAUUGAACCAAGACGCUGGGGUACUGCUCAUGGGAGUAUUGUUCCAUAUCAGGCUUUUAAGACCAAGGAUGGCUACAUAGUGGUGGGAGCUGGAAAUGAUCAUCAGUUUGUCACUGUGUGCAAGGUCUUGAAUUUGCCUGAAGUUAGUAAAGAUUCUAGAUACCAAACUAAUGCACUCAGAGUCCAGAACAGAAGAGAACUUAUUGACGUAUUAUCAACCCGGUUUUUGGAAAAAACAACAAUCGAAUGGUUGCAGUUCUUUGAAGGUAGUGGGGUUCCAUAUGGCCCGAUCAACAAUAUGCAGCAAGUGUUUUCCGAUCCUCAGGUACUGCACAAUGGACUUGUGAUGGAAAUGAAUCAUCCAACAGCUGGGAGGAUCGCUGUUCCAGGACCAGGUGUCCGAUACAGUGAAUUUGAUGUGUUACAUCCAAAACCACCUCCACUUGUUGGACAGCAUACAGUGGAGAUACUGAAGAGCAUGCUGGGGUAUGAGGAUGAUGCCAUAGAAGAACUGCUCCGCACUGGUGCUGUGGCUCAGCAUGAGGUCAGAUAAGGAACAUUAGCUACAUUCCUUCACACUGAGUUCACAUUACUUUGUCCUCUCUUUGCUCCCUUCAGUUUCCCUAAUGGGACUCGAAGAGAAGACAUAAUUUAAUUCCUAAUUUUCUUUCACGUGUUUUUGUAUGAUUUUAACACUGAUGUAUCAAAUAAACAAUCUCAUGCUGUCUGAGUGAAAGAUUUUCUUGUGGGGGGUUGGGGGUAAAUGUAAUUAUACAGUCCUGUGUGACUA